AUCACCGCACUGUACACGAGCUGCAGCCCCUUCAUCGCUGCUUCCUGCUGCUGGGUUUCUAAGCUGGAAUGGAGGUGCCCCAUGAAUCCCUGGAAGACGCUUUGCUGUUCGCCCUGGACGACCUUCGCGGGGAAGAUUUCAAGAGGUUCAAGCAUAAACUCAACUACUUCUCCCUGGAUGGGAAGGACCCCAUCUCCUGGAGCGGGUUAAAGGACGCCGACCGGCUGGACGUGCUGAGGCUUCUCUUGGCAGCCUACGGAGAGCAGGGCGCGCAAGACGCCACUGUCCAAGUCCUUCUUGCCAUCAACAUGCGAGAUUCCGCCUCCCGACUCCAGAAAUGGAGCUACAAUGAUCGCAAGAAGAAAUAUAAGAGGCACAUCCAAGAGGCAUUUCAAAAUAUUCCUCAACUGGGCUUGCACCCCAGUCCAAGGGUGACUCUCCAGCAGAGCUAUAUAGAACUUCUUCUGAAGAGGAGACAAGACCCCCCCAAAAGAGGUCAUGAGAUUAUGGCUGCGGAAAGAAAGCACUGGGAGAUGAAGACUCAUCCAGAAGGUGGCCCAAAAGUUGAUCUGGAGAAUUUAUUUGAUUCAGAUAACGAAGGGGGAAGCUCCAAGACUGUUUUGUUGUUUGGACCUGCUGGGGUAGGAAAAACCACAGCCAUGUGGAAACUAAUGUUGGACUGGGCAUCUGACAAACUAUGGCACACAAAGUUUGAUUAUGCCUUUUACAUCUCUUGCAGGGCAGUCAGCUGUGGCAUCAAAUUGAUUAGUGCAGUUGAGAUGAUCCUCAGCAGCUGUCCUCCAGGAAUGGUUUUAACAGAGGAUGUUUUGAGAAACCAAGACAACAUCCUCCUCAUUGUGGAUGGUUUUGAUGAGCUGAAGCACUCUGAUAUCCCAGGGGCUAUGCUGGACAAGGAUCCCCAUAAAAACCAGGAUGUGGUAAGCCUGGUGAUGGGUUUGCUCAAGAAAAAAAUAUUUCCAAAGUGUCACCUCCUGGUGACCACAAGACCCUUGGGUAUCAGCCCACUGUUGAAGUGUCUGAGAUCACCACUGUUUGUAGAAGUGUUGGGGUUUCAUCCUGUUCAGAGGAAGGACUAUUUCCACCGCUUCUUUCAAGAUAAGGAAGAAGCUACUCAGAUAUUUGAACUUGUUCAAAGAAGUGAAACUCUUUUCAGUACGUGCUUCCUCCCUGCUACAUGUUGGGUCAUUUGCUCCAUCUUCCAACAAAACCUGCAAGCAGAACUUCUUCAAGUCAUCCCAGAAACUGCAACACUCACAGACAUUCACAUGCAUCUCCUCUUGAAUUUCUUGGGUACCUAUUCCAGGCCAAAUAACCUGGAAGAGCUGUGCUCUUUAGCUAAAGAUGGGAUGCUGCAUAGAACAAUGGCCUUCAGUGAAGAAGAGCUAAAAGAACGUGGCUUGGAUUAUUUGACAUUAGAAACUCCUUCUGCAAGUAGGGAAGUUUUCCAUCAAGAUGUCCAUGUGGCAGCCUUGUACAGGUUCACCCACUUGAGUUUCCAGGAGGUCUUUGCAGCCUUGUUCUACCUGCUGGACAAUGAUGAGACUACCGUAACACCUUACAGAGACCUGAGUGAAGUAUUUGGAAAUAAGAAGGAGCGCAGCAGCAACUACCUCAUGUUGAUCCGUUUUCUCUGUGGCUUCUCCAACAAAAAGAGGAUGAGUGUCCUACAAGAAUCAUGGUCCUGCCAAAUAUCCAGGACAAAGCUUUGGCAAGAAUUGCUAAGGUGGGUGGAUCAGGAAGCCAAGACUCAUUCCUUUAGAAGAGAGGAGGAUCUGCUGGAAUUGUGCCAUUGCGUUUAUGAAAUGAAGGACACCCUGCUUGCUCAAAGUGUAAUGAAGUAUGUCCACAAUAUGGAUCUCAAAACAGAACUUUUGACUGAGCUGGACUUUGCAGCUUUAUCGUUUUGCCUAUCAGCUGCUGAAGCUUGUAAUUCGGUACGGCUCUCUGGCUAUGAGUUUGGACCAGAAAGAUUCCAACGACUCUUACCAGGAUUGCUGAAAUCUUCAGAGAUCCAGCUGAACCGCUGUGGCCUCUCUCCUGCUGCGUGCAAAGACUUCACCCCCAUUGCAAUGACCCAUCCGAGGCUGACCAGUCUGGACCUGGGUGAAAACCCCCUGGAGGAUUCGGGGUUCUCCCACUUGUGUGAAUGGCUUCUUGAGCCCACCUGCCAACUUCAAAGCCUCAGGCUGCAUUCCUGCAACCUCACGGCUGCCGUCUGUCGGCCCCUUUCGCUGGUCCUGGACUCUAGCCGUACCCUUCUGGAGCUCAGCCUGGCAGGGAACCCCCUGGGGGAUGGGGGAGUGAGGCAGCUGUGCCCGGUGCUGAAGAACCCAUCUUCUCGGCUACAGAGACUCAUCUUACACUCCUGUGGUCUCACAGCUGGUGCCUGUGAAGAUCUGGCCUCUGUCCUGGAAACCAGCAAGACCCUGUUGGAGCUGAACCUGGGCAAUAACAGCCUGGGAGAUGAAGGGGUCAGGCAGCUGUGCAAGGGGUUGUGGAAAAGGCACUGCAAGCUUCAAAAGUUAACGCUUACAAUGGGAUUGCUAAAUCAGAACACGAAGAGAAAACUGCAUGCAAUUUGUGCUAGGCAUCCUGGCUUGAUUCUGGCUUCCUACUACCCUCCAGACUUCCCCCGCUUCCCAGGUGCUGAAGAGUGAAGGGUUCACAAGCGCUUUCUUUGUGCCCCUCAAGUGUGGGAAGCACCAGUGGCAAGCUGGGCGGCGGAUGUGAAAAUACCCAACGGCUGGCUCAGCACAUCUUUUGCAUUCCCUGCCGCGUGGUACUCGUGGUACUCAUACAGCUGGUUCACAUGUCCGGCUUCCGCUGGUCUCCCGGGCUUUCACAAGUGUGACUUGGCCACAUGGUGGAUGUUCUCCACCCAGAGCCCUCAGAGAGGUUGAACUCCAUCUUUCAUAAUUCCUGACAGCAUGGCAGCUGUGUGGUUGUCUGAGAUACUGGACAGUGCCCAUCUGAAGAAGGCUUGAGAUACAUGUAAAGCUUGACCUAUCCUUUGUUGGGCCCUGUUAUACUUCCUUUUUUUUUUUUAUCCGUUCAAUGGUGUCUGAUUCUCAGAGACUGCCUGGACAAGUCCCUGCAGUUUUCUUGGCAGGUUUUUCAGAAGUGGUUUGCCAUUGCCUUCUUCCCAGGGCUGAGAGAAAGUGACUGGCCCAAGGUCACCCAGCGGGCUUUCAUGCCUAAAGCGGGACUAGAACUCCGGGUCUCCUGGUUUCUAGCCUGGUGCCUUAACCGCAACACCACGCUUAUACUUAUACUUAUUAUACUGUAUUUUAUUAUACUUAUUAUACUUAAUAUAAUUAGUAUAUUAUACUUCCAUACUUCCUAUUUAUUCCCAUCUGCAACAAGAAGUGGUUGCUGACUGAACCAUGGACUUAACAUCAAGAGAAGGGAAUUUCCAAAUUAACCAUGUUCUGAUUUCAAAGGUGUGUUAUAUUUUUUUUCUGAACAAUGAGAAUCUAUUUAACUUUCUGAUUCUGUAAAAAGGAUGGAGUGCCCACGACACAUGAAGCACCCCCACCUCAUUUUGUGGCCCAAAAAGCUUUAACACAGUGUUUCAGAUAAGGAGAGGAAGAAGGUCAUUAUUAGCACACUAGAUACAAUGCUUUGAGACUUAGAAAGAAUUUAGACGUCAUUAUUGGGCCCCUCAUGCAUAAUUAGAUGCUACCUUUACGAUUCCCUUGGGUAGCCCUUGUGUUGGGUCACAGGCUCAGUGGAAUUGGAAUAAUAGGCAAAACGGGUACAUUUUUAAGUUGCAACCGGCCCUCUUAGUAACUCCCCCAAAUGUCAAACCCCACCCCCCAUCUCUCUUGGCUCAAGCAAUGUCUCCCCUUCCACAGCCACCCUCAGAGUCCAAUUGCAGGCAGAGAGCAGGGUUGAUCUACGGUGGCAAAAAAUCCCGGUGUCUGGGAGUGUCCUUUCUGACAAACAGCUUUUAUUCAAAGGCACGUGUUCAUGAAAGCUUAUGCUUUUUAAUAAAAUUUGUUCGUUGGUAAAGGUGCCUCCAGACUCCUUUGGAUUAUUUUGUGACCCCUAAUGAAAUGUGCCCCUUUCUUUGUGGCUUUUAAACAGGUUCAGUAGUUUGGGGUUUUUCCUCUCUCUCUUUUAACUGGGUGAACUUGGGAAGAGUCCUGCCAGCUUCCCCUUUUAGCCCAAAGGACAGAAGAACUGCCCUCCCCCUCUGCUAGAAGGGAAAGCAAUUGGCACUUGCUUUCCUGGCAUGGUGGGAAGGCAAGAACGCAGGGCAUCCUCCCGCCAGGGGCCGUGGUAAGUGCCUCCUGGACGGAACACCUGCCCGUCGCAGCCAGCACCAAAGAGGCUGAAAUCCCAGAAGCCACUUCGCGCAAGGGAGGGAAGGCCGCAGCGCAAAAUAUCUGGUAGUCCUUGACCAGCAUUUCAUCCACUGUUAAAGCACCUCUUUAAAUCCCAACUAAUAAAUCAAGCACCUCUUUAA